AUGGCUGCUCGGGUAAGCCAAGCAGAGAUGGAUUUUUCUUGUCCCAUCUGUACAGACAUCUUCCAAAAUCCCAUUGUGCUGUCAUGUAGCCACAGUUUCUGCAAAGCCUGUCUGCAGAAGUGGUGGUCAGAGAAACUGAUUCACGAGUGUCCACUUUGUAAAAGACGAUCUUCAAAGAGUGAUCCACCGUGUAACUUGGCUUUAAAGAACCUGUGUGAGGCUUUCUUACAGAGGCUUUCCCUAGAGGAGAACGCUUCGAGGUCUGAGGCUCUCUGCAGCAUGCAUUCAGAGAGACUACAGCUCUUCUGUCUGGACCAUAUGCAGCCAGUGUGUAUUGUCUGUCGAGACUCAAUAACACACAUCAGCCACAGCUUCAGACCCAUCAGUGAAGCUGCACAGGAUUGCAAGGAAUCGCUAAAGAGCUCCCUGAAUCCCUUGAAGGACAUGCUGGAAUGCUUGAAUCAAGUUAAAGCUGACUGGGAUCAUACAGCAGAACACAUCAUGAACCAGGCCAAACACAUGGAGAAGUGGAUUAUGGAGCAGUUUAAGAAGCUUCACCAGUUUCUACAAAAAGAAGAGGAGGCCAGAAUCACUGCACUGAGGGAGGAAGAGGAGCAGAAGAGUCAAAAUAUGAGGAGGAAGAUAGAGGCUCUGAGCCGAGAGAUAGCAGCUCUUUCAGACAGGAUCAGGGCCACAGAGGAGGAGCUAAGAGCUGAUGACAUCUCAUUCCUGCACAACUACAAGGCUGCAGUGAAAAGAGUCAAGCAGUGCCCCCUGCUGGAGGAUUUACAGCUGGGCCCAGGAGCUCUGAUAGAUGUGGCCAAACACCUGGGCAACCUGUCUUUUUACAUCUGGACCAAGAUGAAGGCGAUGGUCUCCUACACUCCUGUGAUUCUGGACCCAAACACUGCUAAUCCAGAACUCCUCCUGUCUGAAGAUCUGCAGAGUGUGAAAUACAAAAAGAUUUAUGUAGAGAGACCAUUUCCGAGAAAUCCAGAAAGAUUUGAAGACCAUGCCACAGUCCUUGGCUCCAAGGGCUUUAACUCAGGGACUCACACCUGGAAUGUUGAAGUUAGAAAUAAUACAAACUGGGCUGUGGGUGUGACAGCUGAGUCUGUCCCAAGGAAAGGAGAGAUUCUAACGGGAUACUGGGAAAUAUGGUUCUGUGAUGGUAAAUACAGAGCAUAUUCUCCACCAGUUACAAAUAAGGUUCUCUCUGUGCAAAGGCCACUCCAGAGCAUUAGAGUUUUUCUGGACUGGAGAAAGGGAAAGCUGUCAUUUUCUGAUCCAGACACUAACACACACAUUUACACUUUUAAACACACUUUCACUGGCAAGCUUUUUCCAUUCAUUAAUACUCUAGAUAUAGUCCCACUGAGGAUACCACCAGUGGACAUCACAACACAGUUAGAGAUGUAGAUUAUGGUUAUUAGGCUGAUGAUGAU